AGAAUUCCAAAGCCCGACCAUGACGGAUCUUCCAAUGGAAUGUACCGACGGCAUCUGUAUAGCCCCUUCAGCCACGAAAGCAGCCGCAGCAGAAACAGAGGACUUGAAGAAUAACAAUGGCCAUAAUCCAGAGGCAGAGACGGGAGGAAAAGGGGACCAGGCUGUGGCCAAUAAUGUUGAUAACCAAGAAAAGCAUGACGCACCGCGAAAGUCUCAGCCAACCGUCAUCAAAAAGGUUUACACGCAACAAGAUCUGGACGGCUUGCUGGGAGAGGCAUCUUCAUCGUUCAAGGAUGUCAUGGUUGUGGAGUUCGUGACUACCUGGUGUGGAGCUUGCAAGGGAAUUGCUCCUCUCUGGGAGGAACUCGCAUCACUUCAUUCAGCGGAUGUCCAAUGUGCACAAGUCGUCUGCGACAAGAAUAAGGAAACCAAAAAGUUGGCACAAGCUCAAGGGAUCAAGAGCUACCCCGUGUUUAAAGUCUAUGAUACCCAAAGUGGAAACAUGACGCAGACUUGGAACGGGGCAGAUCGAGGAAAACUCGAAAAGGUAUUCGACAACAUGAGCGGCGGCAAAGGCGGAGGAAAGAAGGGAGGAGGAAAGAAAAAGAAGAAUCGAAGAUAGCACGAAUUCUGGGGUGUGGACCUUCAGGCUAAAGCAAGUGACAAUUAGGAGCUUUGCCCGACUUUUUGCUGCUGUGAAUUCCGUGUCCCGCGCCCCGAGAUGCUUCCACCGAUCGAUGAAGGUUUCUUGACAUCGUCCUGACCAAGUUUCAACGCUCCGAUACCGGUACCGUAAAAGUACAUGAAACGACAACGUUACUAUGGGUUAGAGUGGACUUUUGGGGACGGGCACUUUGCUAGGAAGGGCAUUGUGGUCGUUGCACAACACACAACUGCCAUCAUUCUACACCACAAUCGGCUCCACGCGAAAAGUUCCAGUGCAUCCAUCCGGACCAUGCAUCGGUGAGUAAGUAGCGCGGCUACCUAGUUAGUAAUCCUUAUGUCUAGCUAGCUAGAGUGACAGCCAUCGCUGGACGUUUCGAGGGCGUGAUCGCGCCAAGCUACGACAACGAGAUACUACAGGUACUAGCCA